CCCCCCACUUCGUCUCCCCUCCCCCCAAACCAACAAAAGCCUCAUCUUCUCUGCAUCCAAAACACUCCCAUCCUCACUACAGAACCUAUCUUCUCAAACCAAAUCAAAAUGUCCGUCGACGCCUUCUUCGAGAACCUGAGCUUCGCCCAGUCCGGCGCUAAGUUCGCCGAAAUCCAGUCCGCUGCCGCCGGCAUCAACAUCGAUCUCCUCAAGGCCGCCGUCGAGGCUGUCCUUGGCGGCGACGACAAGGCCACGGUCGAAGGCCCUCUGGCUGAUGCCCUGAAGGCUGGUUUCGAGUUCGCGACGAAGCUUGUUAAGAUGCUGAGCCAAGAGCCCGGUCAGAUGGAGAUGCUCACUUUCUACAAGUACUUCAAGCGCGCCCGCAACGAGACCCCUGCAGAGCCCUCGUUCUACCAGCUUGAGUCGAAGUACAAGUACAAUGCCUGGAAGGAGAUCAGCCACAUCAGCGACCAGAAGGCCCAGGCUUUGUACAUCGAGGAGGUUAGCAAGGCCAUCAAGAAGUUCGGUACCCGCGAAUAAGUGUUGGGUUUGGAUGUCUUGAACUAGGGAGGAAUAUGAACUUGGAUAUUAUGGGCUUGGUGACGAGUUACGAACGACGUU